UAACAUCAUUCAUAAUAAAAUUCAUUGCAAUAUGACAUUGCACUCACGACGACUGGAAAAUUCGAAACAUAGUGAUUAGCUGUUGUUUUAGGAAUUGGUGGAAUGAAUGCAUUUGCAUCUCCUUCGAGAGCUCUGCUUUUCCAAGCUUCGUUGGGUUAUACUUUAACAUGAACAAUCUUCUGUUGCAGUAGUUUUCAGGAGUCAUAACCUAUAAAAAAUGGCUUGUGCAAGCAAAUUCCAACGUCCGAUCUCAUCUAUCCUGAAACAGUUCAAGAUAUCGCACUGUUAUUAUUCUUCAUAUGGGCUUCAAUCCAAUCUAUAUCAAUCAAAACAUGGCAGCGGAAUCAACAGGGAAACAUUCCAUUCCUCACCCACAUCACGCUUCAUUGAAUUUGACAACAUGCGCAGAAGAUACAGUGUGGAGGCUGGGGUAUCGGAGCAAGCGAAUCUGAUAAAGCAGUUAAGAGAGAGAACAAGUGCACCCAUGAAGGAUGUCAAAGCUGCUCUUGUUACUUCCAAUUGGAACCUGGAGGCUGCAUACACAGAGUUGAGGAAGAAAGGAAUUGCAGGUGCGUCCAAGAAGGCAUCUCGUAUUGCAGCUGAAGGGACAUUGGCAUUGGCUGAGGAUGAGAAAACAGCUGCUGUUAUUGAAAUUAAUUGCGAGACUGACUUUGUUGCUAGGAACGAAAUAUUCCAGUAUCUGGCACUAUCUAUUGCAAGAUCCGUUUUGACCAUGGAAUCUUUACCCAAAGAUUUAUCACAAGCUGGGACGAUAAAUCCAAAAGUUUUAGAGGAAAUGAAAAUAAAAUUGGAUCAUCCUAAAUUAUCUGGGGAGACAACUGUUCAAAAUGCUCUAAUGGAAGUUGCUGCCAUCAUGGGAGAGAAUGUGAAGCUUAGGAGAGGUUUUGCUUUGUCUUCUACAACUGGCAUUGUCUCCUCAUAUCUUCAUGCCUCUCCCCAACCAGGGCUUGGUCGUAUGGCUGGCCUCUUGACAUUGGAGGCUGAAAAUGGGGGUGCACCAUCGGAUGCACUUCAAAGGGUGGGCUUAAAUGUUGCCAUGCACAUUGUUGCAUCUAGGCCUCAAUUUCUCUCAAAGGAUCACGUUUCAACAGAAGCUUUGGAGGCUGAGCGUGACAUCCUUAAAACUCAGGCUGCUGUUUCUGGAAAACCUCAGGCUGCCAUAGAGAAAAUGGUGGAAGGUCGGUUAAGGAAGUUUGUGGAGGAUGUUGCACUUCUGGAGCAGAAGUUCGUGAUGAAUGAUAAAGUAAAUGUUAAGUCAGUACUGGAUGAUUUAUCAAAGGAGGUAGGCCAGCAGAUAAAAGUGGGCAGUUUUCUUAGGGUGGAGGUUGGUGAAGGCAUCCAGAGGAAAGAGACUGAUUUUGCUAGUGAAGUAGCAGCUCAAGUUGGAUGAUGCAGUUACUUUUGUUAAAUAUUUAUUCGCUGUAUGGAAUCGCCAUACAAUGUUUUUGGAAACAUGAAAUCUUGAAGAUUUUUGGAAAUGUAUAUUGGCAUCUGUUCAUUGAUGCAUGCCAAGGGAUUUUCCAAAUCCAUUUGCAAUUUUGUUAGUUUUGAUUUUAGGAUGUUCAAUGAUCUUGAAAGCAUGAUGGUAGUUUUGUUUCUUCAAUGGUAAUCAUAGAUAUUGUUUCGCAUUGAACAUGGGAGAGGAAAUUGUAGAAAUGGAGGCAAAACUAAUAAUUCAAUUUCUCCUAAAAUUGUAAUAUAACAAUUCAAUAUAUAAUAAAUUUGCAAUGCC